AUGGUGGAGGUUCAUGAGAUGGUGGCCUCUCAGGGUAAGGAUCCUUUGCGCCUUCAUUAAUAGUUAUAAUAGGUAUGGGUUCCUCAGUGGCUCAGAGUGCCUCCCUUCAGCUCCGCUAAAGGAGGUCACAGUGUUUGUUUUUCUCUUAAGUUAAAGGCCAGAAGCCUGGCUGAGAAUAAAUAUUAUUGCUUCUCUGCUACAAUUAGCCAUUGAUGGCUUCUGGGUUGCCUCCCUGGGGGAGAGCAUUCUUUAGGUGGGGAGCCAGCACUGAAAGACGCAUUCCGUAUUGCCUCUCUUUGCACCUCAAUUGGAGAGGGCACUGUGAGAAGGACCUCUGAUGAUGAGUGCAGGCUCUAGGUGGAUUCAUGAGAAGCAGUCCUUGAGCUACAUAAGUCAAAAUCAGCACCUUGACUUGAAGACAGCAAACCAGAUAUGCUCAGAGCCUCUUGCACCGGUCAGCACUCUGUAGUUUCUGAACGGUCUUCUAAAGCAGCCUGAAGUAUAAUGCAUUGUGGCAAUCUAGCAUGGAGAAUGGUAGAAAAAGCAUACUAAAAAUCUUCUGUGUGGGGAUCCUAAUUUGUAGAAUACUUGAGUAUCUUGUUAUUGUUAUUGGUUUCUAUUGAUGUAUUGGUUUGUUUGUUGCAUAUAUAGAAUCUUCUGUUUCUUAAUAUUUGAGGUUUGAUUGCAUUUUUAUAUAUGCUGCAAGCCACCCAGAGAGGCUUGGGAAACCCAGCCAGACGGUUGGGAUAUAAAUGAAAUAAAUGCUACUAUUGUUAUUAUUCAUUUUGGUUUUUCAACAAGCUCUGCAGAUCUAGGCUUUUCAAGCUUCUCUGAGUUGCAGUGCUGUAUUAUCAAUGCUCAGGGGUGGCCUCACUUCUGCCCCCACAAUGGGGGCUCAAAAUCCAUAAGGAGCGUACCCCUGCAAGUUGGGUGGGGUGGUCCCCACGAGACCUCCAAGGGGUGCAGACGCCUCCCCCCAUUCACUGGCAAAGAGCCUUUUCAGAUCCUGACAAAGCUGAAUGGUGGAAUGUCUGCCCUCUUGUGGACAUGCCCUUGUUGGGGAGGAUCCUUUUCGGGACUUGGCUGGAGGGAGAGGACUCACAGAGCUUUGCUGCCCAUCCCACUUCAGCCCUGGAGGCCGGGGAGACUAGCAGCAAAGCUGAGCAGUGACGCCCCUUUGGGGGUGACACCUGAGACAGCCACCUCACACAGGCCCAUAGGCAGGCAGGCUCUGUUGAUGUUAUUGCCUGCUGGUUUAAAUUGUGUUAUUUAUGGCUUGGUUAAUCUUAGGGGCUGCUCACCAGAACUUUUCUGAUACAAAUAACUGGUGAUAUUUUAUUAAAACCAGGUAUCACAUCAUUGUUUUAAUGUAAAAUGCCGUUAACAUAGUGACAGGCCUUGAGUUUUGAUAAGGAAACAGCUGUAUCAACCUUUAUUUUAAUUUUUUUAUUCCAUCAGGAGAUGUUUGGGGGGUCCUGGAUGAGGAGGAACCACCAGAAGCCUGGCCAGAAAGAGGUGAGGCGCAAGAGAACGAAAGGAAGUUGGGGGUUCAAGAUGGAGCCAACAAACAAGAGAGGAGAGAAACAGUGAAGCCAAGGGAUGAACACAGUGUUUCCCAAGAAGAUGAAAAUCAACUUAACAGGGUGGAGAAAAAACAUGAAUGUACUGUGUGCGGAAAGAGAUUCUGUAGUCGCUCAGCCCUUGCUACACAUCAAAGCGUACACUCAGGUGAAAAACCUUAUGAAUGCAUGGAGUGUGGAAAGAGAUUCAGAAACAGUGGCCAACUUAAUAUGCAUCAGAUAACUCAUACAGGGGAGAAGCCUUAUGAAUGCAUGGAGUGUGGAAAGAGAUUCAGAAACCGUGGCCACCUUAAUGUGCAUCAAAGAACUCAUACAGGGGAGAAACCUUAUAAAUGCAUGGAGUGUGGAAAGAGCUUCAGUGCCAGAAGCAACCUUAUUAGACAUCAAAUAACUCAUACAGGGGAGAAACCUUAUGAAUGCAUGGAGUGUGGAAAGAGCUUCAGUUACAGUGGCCAACUUAAUGUGCAUCAAAGAACUCAUAUAGGGGAGAAACCUUAUGAAUGCAUGGAGUGUGGAAAGAGCUUCAGAAACAGUGGCCAACUUAAUGUGCAUCAGAUAA